GGAGAGCACAGAGAAACAGCAGCAGCUCCGACCUGAGCAGCCUUCCUGGGAAGAUGCAGCCACCCCUGCUCCUGCUCCUGCUGGCCUUUUUCCUACUCCCCGGAGCGGAGGCAGGUGAGAUCAUCGGGGGACAUGAAGCCAAGCCCCACUCCCGACCCUACAUGGCCUACCUUAACAUUACAAAGGAGAAGGGGAAUUCCAGGUGUGGCGGUGUCCUUGUGGGAGACAACUUUGUUCUGACAGCUGCUCACUGCAAUGGAAGGUCAAUCAGAGUCACCCUGGGGGCCCACAACAUCAAAAAGGGGGAGAAGACCCAGCAGAUCAUCCCAAUGAAAAUAGCCAUCCCCCACCCAGACUUUAAUAAGAGGGACCGCUGCAAUGACAUCAUGUUACUGCAGCUGGAGAGAAACAUCAAGCAAACUGAUGCUGUGAAGCCCCUCCUACUGCCCAGGGGCAAGGACCUGCCAAGUCCAGGAGAUAACUGCACUGUGGCUGGCUGGGGGCGGGUCACAAUGAAUGGCCCUUUAUCAGACACUCUGCAGGAGGUAGAGCUGACCCUGCAGAAGGAUUUGAAGUGUGAAAGGCGCUUUAACCAUUACAACAAGAACAUUCAACUGUGUGUGGGGAACCGAAAAGAAAAUAAGGCUUCCUUUAAGGGGGACUCCGGGGGACCUUUCCUGUGUAAAAAUGAGAUCCAGGGCAUUGUCUCCUAUGGAAACAAGGAUGGGAAACCACCACAAAUCUACACCAAAGUCACCAGUUUCCUUCCCUGGAUAAAGAAAACCAUGAAAAAACUCCAACUGCAGGACCCAGACUAUCUUCUCUGGAGCUAAUUCAGGAUCACACUGUGGGGAGGGAGGUGGUGCCAGCAACUGAA